CGCGGGGCUGAGGCAGAGGCUGCGGGGCCGGCGGGGCGCUCAGAGCCGCGCCCGCCGCCGCCGGGCAUGGAGGGUGCCGAGGCGGCCGCCCCCGGCAGCAGCAGCCCCGCACAGCCCCGCUGCUCCUCCUGCGGCUCCGGGCCCGGAGGGGGCGAGGCUGCGGCUGGGCUGGGCUGGGGCUGGGGCUGGGGCUGCAGCGGCCAUGGAGGAGCCGCUGGUGGGGGAGGCUCCGGCUCCGUCGCCGGGGCCGAGGAAGCAGCAGGGGGUGAAGCGGCAUCACCACAAGCACAACCUGAAGCAUCGCUACGAGCUGCAGGAGACCUUGGGCAAAGGCACCUACGGCAAAGUCAAGCGGGCCAUCGAGCGGUUUUCGGGCAGAGUGGUUGCAAUAAAAUCCAUUCGUAAGGACAAAAUUAAGGAUGAACAAGACAUGGUUCACAUCAGACGGGAGAUUGAGAUCAUGUCAUCCCUCAGCCACCCUCAUAUCAUCACCAUAUAUGAAGUGUUUGAAAAUAAAGAUAAGAUUGUGAUCAUCAUGGAGUAUGCAAGUAAAGGAGAGUUGUAUGAUUACAUCAGUGAGAGGCGGCGGCUGAGCGAAAGAGAGACAAGACAUUUCUUCCGACAAAUAGUCUCUGCUGUACAUUACUGCCACAAGAACGGAGUUGUCCACAGGGACCUAAAACUGGAAAACAUCCUUCUUGAUGACAAUUUUAAUAUUAAGAUUGCUGACUUUGGACUCUCCAACCUCUAUCACAAAGACAAGUUUCUGCAGACCUUUUGUGGAAGCCCACUGUAUGCUUCCCCUGAAAUAGUUAAUGGACGACCUUACAGAGGCCCAGAGGUUGACAGCUGGGCCCUUGGUGUAUUGCUUUACACUCUGGUUUAUGGAACGAUGCCCUUUGAUGGCUUUGAUCACAAAAAUCUCAUCAGGCAAAUCAGCAGUGGAGAAUAUCGUGAGCCAACACAGACCUCAGAUGCUCGCGGUCUUAUCAGAUGGAUGCUGAUGGUGAACCCUGAACGCCGAGCAACCAUUGAAGAUAUUGCCAACCACUGGUGGGUUAACUGGGGCUACAAGAGUAGUGUUUGUGACUGUGAUGCCAUGAGGGACUCUGAGUCCCCAUUGCUGGCAAGGUUCAUUGAUUGGCAUCACCGUUCUACUGGCCUCCAACCAGAGACUGAAACCAAAAUGAAGUGCCUUUCUAAGCCCAAAGGUCCUGAAGUCACACUAGAGAGACAAAGGUCUCUGAAAAAAUCAAAAAAGGAAAAUGACAUUGCACAGUCCAUCCAGGAAGGAGGAGCUGAAAAUGCAUCCAAACCCACCUCCAAGAGACCCAAAGGCAUCCUGAAGAAAAGGAGCAACAGUGAACAUCGAUCUCACAGCGCAGGGUUCAUUGAAGGUGUGGUCAGCCCAGUGUUACCCUCUGCUUUUAAGCUGGAGCAAGAGUUGUGUAGGACUGGCGUAGCCAUUAAAAGUGUUGUGGAGGGAGAGGUAGUAGCCAAGUAUGGCACUAAGCAGUCUUCACUAAUGCCAAAAAAAGGAAUCCUAAAGAAGACUCAGCAGAGAGAAUCUGGCUAUUACUCCUCUCCGGAACGAAGUGAAUCUUCUGAACUCUUGGACAAUAAUGAUGAAACAGUAAACAGUGACACUUCUCCAGGGGUCACAGAGCCAUCCAGAAAUGGGUCUUACAGUCAUUCCUGCAGGCGUAAGGGUAUCUUGAAACAUAACAGCAAGUAUUCUACCAGCAGCACUGAAUCUGCUUUAAUUAGCCCUGAUACACCAACAUUGGAGGCCAUGGAAGAAGUGUCCUGCCCUGGGGAUGCAUUACCUCGAAGUUACAGUCGCCCUUCCAGCGUGAUUAGUGAUGACAGUAUUUUGUCCAGUGACUCCUUUGAUUUGCUGGACUUGCAAGAGAACAGGCCAAACAGACAGAGGAUACGGAGCUGUGUCUCUGCUGAAAAUUUCCUCCAGAUCCAAGACUUCGAAGGACUUCAGAACUGCCCACGGCCACAGUACCUAAAACGGUAUCGUAACCGUCUGGGGGACAGCAGUUUUUCCCUUCUCACAGACAUGGAUGAUGUGACUCAGGUCUACAAGAAAGCCCUAGAGAUCUGCAACAAGCUCAACUAGCAGACGGGAGAUGGAAAGGGAGGGGAGGGAGUUGUUCUGUGUACCUUUAUGGUGAAGUAAGCCAGGUUACUGAUUUGCUGAUGAUGGUAGGUUUUCCUUCAAAAGACUUGACUGUACCUACUUAGCUGAACUCCUAGCAAAGUCUAAAGUAGCCCCAAAGUCAUCUCACACUUCUCUAAUUCUGUGUCCUCAAAAUAUUACCCACCUGACCACAGAAAAUCCUUUGGUCUUUGAAUAUGUGAUGAAAAUGUAUCAGGAUCUAGCAGACAAAAGCAUCGAGAUUUAAUGGCUUGAAGUGAAAGUUAGACAGAAUUAAAACUGGAAGUGAGGCACACACAUUUUGAGAGGUUUCUAAUUAAUAUUAGAUUAGCUAUAUCAAGAGAUGAGCUGAAUUUUUCAAGUCAAUUGUUGAUGUCUUUUAGAAAGAGAAGCUUUACUUUCCCCUGAAAUUAUUCAUCUGGAUACAGGCAUUACGUGUUGGGGAUCUUCGGUUUGCAUUGUGCAGGAGAUCAGGCUGGAUGGUCACCAUGGUUCCUUCUGCCAGGGUGAUCUGAGGAGGUGUCUGAACCCUUUCUGGGACAAAUAAUUCGAGAGUGUUAGCCCAGAAUAACCUUGCAUGGAGCAGGCAUUCAGAUCUGGCCCUUCCCAUAGCCAUUGCUCUUCAGUGAGCAGAAGGCCCUAUUUUUUUUUUUUCCAACUACCAGCAAAAGCAGAGUCAGAGAAAUGAGAACAGAAACUGGAAGAAGUGGAUGUUGUAAGCAGCUACAUGAUUCUUCAAAACAUUUCAACCCAUGUACUCAGUUUUACUUUUUUAAAAAGGCCGGCCAGAUGGAUGCCCAUAGGUAGAUGGAUCUAACAAAGGGUUCCAAGGGCUAACAGACCCUCCAAGAGUUCAGUCAGUGUCAGCAAAUGGUGCCACCUUGCUAUUAGCUUGUAGUAUCUGAGGGUGACAGGUAGUUUGUGAGCAGAAUGUUAAGUAAAGAAAAGGUUGUAGCAUGUAGGAAAUGGAUAGAGGUCAGAAAGUUGGUGGGAAUAUGCCUUUCUCCAAAUGAAAAUGUUUCUAAGUAGGUAGUAAUGGAGCAAAAAGAAUUGAGCAAUGAAAUGAUAAUAGUAGAUUUGAUAACAUUUAGCAUAAAAAUGCAGGCCUCUAUGUAGAUAGUGUAGCUGGUACUGCGUGUGCAACGACGCCAGCUUGAAAAAACGGGAAGGAUAUGGGUGUGUGUUCUCAGACAUACCUGAAUAUCCAGACUAAAGGCUUCAACUCCCAUAAAGGUAUCACAUGGGUCUACUGGAUUACCUGAAUGUAAGCCUCUGUCAGAAAGGCACUGUGUGUUUGACAGGCCUGGGCAAACUGGAAUCUUAAGGCCCGUUUCAGUCACAUUUAUGUGACCACAUAGCCCCUGGCUAUCUUAGAGGUGCACUGGUGUGAAUAAAUGGUAGGUUUCAGCCUAUGAUGUCAAAUGAGCCACAGCUGCAAAAUCCGUGUGUGCAGACAUAUCCAGAAGAGAGAAGCAUGGCACAAACUCUGUUCUCACUCCUCCCCUGGAACUGGAACUGAAAACAGACUUUGUCCCGCUGUGUCCAAAAUCCUAGAAAUAAUGCAGAAAUGGAAAAGUGUUCCUCUGGGAAUUCAGGGGUAACCCCACAAACAGUUGGCAUCUGGGGCAGGGAGCAAUUUCACUUGCAAAUUGUUUAUUUGGUGCGUCACGGUACUUCAGUCUGCCAGUUCCUCCUAAAAACCAACAAGGUUUUAUGCCUUGUAUAAAGAUGAAUGAGCUCAAAUUUCCUAAGCCAGUUAAUCUGUCUCUGUGGAGAACCUUUUCUUCUCGUGAAACACUGGACCAAAUUUGGCCCUGGAGUCAACAGCAUCAAUACCCACAAAAUGUAUGAGAGAUGUGCUCUCAGGCAGUCAAGUGAAAUUUGGCUCACUGCUCAUUUGCUCAGGAAGGGCAAUUUCAGGGCAUUUCUCUACAGACCUGUAUGACACGUUUGGUGUGAUGCUCAGAUGUCCUGCCUUCUCACAGGUCCUGCAUUUGCUCCUUUAGCCCAUCCAAAACUAACACCCAAUUUUGCAGUUUAUUUAAUUAACAGGUUUACUGUGAUGUGUUUGAAAACAACCCAACGUAGUCUCCACGGCCUUUCAGAAACUUUACAGCCGCAGCUUUUAACUUGUGCCCUGGGGCAGAAGAGCCAGAUCCUCAGCUGGUGUAACUCAGCACCAUCCUGUUGAUGUGAUGCAGCAUCCCUUCGGUGGGGUUACACCGAUUGACACCUUCCCUGUGGAUCUGGUGCUAAAUCUUGAGUGGAUUUAUAGAGGUUUUACGAUGAAGGGAAGGGAACUCAACCAGCUGUGGCAGGGAACUGAGGAGCACCCUGAAGGCUCGUAUCUACCUAGGCUUUUGCCCAGGCCUGCGUCCUUGUGUACAAAUGUGAAUGAGUGAGUGACUGCUUGCUGCCAAACUGGAAAUGUUUCGUAGGGAUUUACUGGCAUGUUACUGGCAUGUUACAUGUUUACUGGCAUGUUAUCAUUCCUAGAGGAGAAGAAAAAAAAACUUGACUGCACAUUGUUAUUAUUAGUGUUGUGAUUUUUAUUUAAUUUUUUUGUAAUACAAAGUUGACUUUUUUAUUUGAAUUUGUCUUUUUUUUAUUUAUUGGUCUGAAAGCCAUUUCAAAGGUAUAAUAAUAUAUUUGGUGUAAUUUAAUUGGUGCAACAUUAUUUUACAGCUCCGGCCAAAAUUGUUUGGUGUUUUGUUUUGUUUUGUUUUUGUUUUUUCUCCCAAUCCUUGGUUGGUUUGAGCUCUACGAGGCACACAGGGGAAAACGCUGGAUAAUCACCCAAAGUGUUUGUAUUUUUAAUCUGAUACUGUUUUUUAUUAAAUAAAAUGGAAUUAAUGUAA